GCAUUUGCUAACCAGGAGGACACCAGUCUGGCCUCCUCGACAGGGGACAAGAAGAAGCUGGUCAGGGUGGAUCCUGAUGUGGAGAGAGUACGAAGAUGUCACCAGAACGACCUGGAGAACAUCAUCCCGUUCAUAGUGAUUGGUCUGCUGUAUACCCUGACGGGGCCCGACCUCUCCACUGCUCUGCUCCACUUCCGGGUGUUUGUUGGUUCCAGGCUCUUCCACACGGUGGCCUACGUCCUCCCCCUGCCCCAACCCAGCAGAGCUGUGGCCUUCCUCAUCGGACUGGUCACCACCAGCUCUAUGGCCUAUAGGGUUCUGAUGACUGCGCUUUAUCUGUAGAGGCUUGAGGGACACAUCCACACACACACACACACACACACACACACACACACACACACACACACACAC